CUUAGAGGAUUUAUUUAAAGAUUUAUUUAAUGGCCAUUGGUAGUAUAGCACUAAGACAAUGCACUAUAAGGAACUCUGCAUGGGAAUAAAAUCAGUUUGGUGAAUUGUUUUGACCAGUUUCCUAUACCUUUACUGAGGAUGUCACAGGUAGAAUUCUUUGACAGAGAUUGCUGUCUGUUGUACCCAUGUAUCCGAGGCUGUUCUAGGUGCUGGAAAUAUGCAGUAAAUGAGACAGAUAAUGUUCCUGCCCUUGUGGAGAUUAUAUUUUGGUAUGGUGACAGACAGGAAUAAGAUAAAUAAAUAAUGUCAGCUCUGUGAGGGCAAAUAUUGUUGUCUCUGUAAUUCACUGCCAUAUCUAUGGUGCCUGGAAUAUAGUAGAAGCGCAAAUGAAUGUGAAAUUAAUAAAUGUGAUUUCAGAGAUAAAUGCUAGAAAGAAGUAGAAUGAGGGAAGAGAGUGGUAGUGGUUGGUGGGCUAUUUUACAUAGAGUGAGUGGUCUUCCCGUGUCCAAAGGCCAGUCUGAUGCAUAGUGGCCUUUACUUGUCCAAUAAAGUUUUAAACCUUGGUUAGAGAUAUAGCUAAAAGGAGCUUAAGGACAUAGUCUUUGGAAUUGGAUAGAUCUUGGUUUAGCUUCUCUCAUCACUACCAGUUAGUUCAGUAAUCUUACCCUCUCUAUGGCUUGGUCUCCACAUCUGAAAAAGAUGGACAAUAACACCUACUUAGAGUUGUUUGGGAGGUUAAAUGUGAUGAGAUGCCAUAUAGCACAGGACUUGGUAUACAGGAAGUGUUUUAUAAAUGAACCUGAAGUUUUGGGUUCAUUCUGGGCUGUGAAUUGAGCUCUUAGGUCAUUCGAAGAACUAAACUAAUUUCUUGAGCAACUGCUAAAUCGAGGCUGACUUCAGACUAGGGAUUAAACUGAUUUGGUUGCAGUUGGGUCAAGGAAUAGCCAAGUUUACAGUUAGUCAUCUCUCUGACUUUUUCUUCAGUAGUUCAGAGUUCAGAUGAUAUUUAAUUGAUAGCAGUCUUUAUUCUUCUAACCUUUGCCUUCAUAAAAAUAAAGGCUGAACAGGCAGCACUGACUGUAUAUCUCCCUUACUUGUGGAUAAUCACUAGUGAAAUGCCUGGAAGGGCAUAUUUCUUUUGAUAUUUUGUGUUUGAGCAACUUUAACUUCUAGGACUUGCUUUUCGCUGUGACUUACGUCAUGGCAGACAUAGUCUAUUCUUGCCCAGAUGGUCUCAAGAAAUACCCAUGAACUGAACUGGAUAAUGGGUUUGGUCUCGUAUUUACGUGAUGAGAUACGUCACUUACAAGGGUUAUUAUUUUUUUUCAUAAAUUUAUUUUAUUUUUGGCUGCAUCGGGUCUUCAUUGCUGCUCACAGGCUUUCUCUAGUUGGCGGCGAAAGGGGGCUGCUCUUCGUUGCGGUGCGCGGGCUUCUCACUGCAGUGGCUUCUUUUGUUGCGGAGCACGGGCUUCAGUAGUUGUGGCACACGGGCUUAGUUGCUCCGCGGCAUGUGGGACCUUCCUGGACCAGGGCUCGAACCCAUGUCCCCUGCAUUGGCAGGCGGAUUCUUAACCACUGUGCCACCAGGGGAAGCCCUUAGAGGGUUAUUAGUUCUCUCACUUUCUCCAGUUUGGAAGCUAGAAUUGGUAAGUCAGAGAAGACACUUAGGCAAGACACUUGCAAGUUAAAUGUUAGUGAAGCCUCAGAUAAGAGGAGUGGGGGUGGGGUGCUGUCAGAGAAGGGCUGCUUGAACAUUGAGCUACAGAGUGUUUAUAAAUACUAGUGAUAGUUUACUUUUCACCUUCCCCGUCUUUGUGGGGGAGGGAGAGCUCUGUGGUUAGGCAGAAGAAGAGAUUAAAAGAAAGAUAAAAUCAGGUGAAACAAAAAGGGAAAAUAUAAUUGGAGUGGCCCUGAAUAACUCUCUGCAGUGUGUUUAAAAUUGUCACUGUGAAAUCAGGUCUUCCUUCUCUGCUGCAAGUUUGACAUGUCACUUAUCUUUCUUUGUGGGCUUAUGGGGCAAGCUAAGUUCAAGGUAUACAUUUCACUAAGGUCAUGUUUUCAAUCUUUCCAAAACUUCUUUUUUUUCUUGCAGUUUUCUAACAGGUUUUGAAAUACUUGCCUGAAAACCCUCCUUGGACUAUUGUGGAUUCAGCUGAAAAUCAGCAUUGGGUAUGGACUGAGGCUUAGAUGCCGACCUCAGUUCCAUCAGUACAGAUCUGGGUAAUUUAGUAAAAUGUGGUUAGUACAUAAGUGGUUAACAAUAAUAACCAAUGACUUGUAAUGCUUUGUACAUUGUUUAUGGAUGAGUGUGAGUAUACAAAAUGGAAUUGGGUCUUUUGAAAAAUGACUUAUUGUGAAUCACAAACAAAACUGUCAUCACAAAUCACCAAAAAUUCUUACACCUCAGACCUGGGAGUCUGUAAUUAUGAUGCGGUCAUUCUUUGUGUGUCCAAUUGAAAACAAACCUAUGAGGAUAUAAUGAAAAGUUGUGGUUUGAUAAGAGAAGCAAAUGGAUAAAUGAAUUAGGCUGUUUCCCUCCUCUAUUUUCAAAGGUUGUAAAAUACAUAAACUUGAACAGAGAUAACAAUGUUUAUAAACAUGCUUCUGAGCACUGUUAUCUAAAAGUCUGUCACUCAACAUAGUAGGACAAUUCCAACAGAGAUGAUAAACAGUAGUUGUCUUAAUGGGCAGAAAGAUGCCGGAGAAGGGGAAAAAAGCUUUUGAAAUAGGAUUGGGUUUUGAAGACUGAAUUUAAGAAGCUACUUUUGGCAAAUUUGGGUUGAGGAGGCAUUUUUGAAGUCCUUUAAAGCUAUGCUCUUAGAAUCUGCCCAGAGAUUCAAUAUCAUGUGCUCCUUAACCAGUCCAGGCCUUUGAAAAGCCCUUGGUGCUUAUAGAGGCUUGGGAAAGGCUUGUAACCUCAGUGACUACUUUGUUGUUGUUGUUUUUUUAACAUCUUUAUUGGAGUAUAAUUGCUUUAGAACGGUGUGUUAGUUUCUGCUUUAUAACAAAGUGAAUCAGUUAUACAUAUACCAAUAUCCCCAUAUCUCUUCCCUCUUGCAUCUCCCUCCUUCCCACCCACCCUCCCUAUCCCACCCCUCUAGGUGGUCACAAAGCACCGAACUGAUCUCCCUGUGCUAUGCGGCUGCUUCCCACUAGCUAUCUAUUUUACAUUUGGUAGUGUAUAUAUGUCCAUGCCACUCUCUCACUUCGUCCCAGCUUACCCUUCCCCCUCCCCGUGUCCUCAAGUCCAUUCUCUGGUAGGUCGGUGUCUCUAUUCCCGUCAGUGACUACUUUGAACUGCUAUUUGACACACCUGUAAAGUACAGUGAAAUUGAUAAUUCCCUGCUGGGAGAUCGUUUUUUUUCAAGUGCUUGUAAUUAGGUCGAGAUCAUAUAUAUUUUUUAAAGUUCCUUAAGUAAUUUGUAAUGUUCACAAAUUGACUUAUUCUUUCCUCUUAACAGCUGCAUUUUCAUUUUCUUAGCAUGUUUAUCACUCAUUGUUAUUCUUUAAAAACUGAUAAAUAGUUGUUGACCACAUGUAUUUAAAAGUAGUAUAGAAUAUAAAUUCAAAACAAAGCUCACUUGGAAAUAAGAACUUUCCCCUAAGCCACACUUCUGCACAUUAACUUACCUCUAACUAUAUACAUAAGCCAAGUAAGUGUAAGCCGUGUUUUAAAAAUUAAUUUUUGUCAAAGGAAUAUAUACAUAGCUUUAAAAACCAGAAACAAGCAUUUUCAACUCUAUUAUCUAUUUCUUCUAAUAUUUCCGUCAUUGACUCUGCAUAAUAUACAUCUAUUGUCUCUUGAGUCAUCAUUUUAAAGCAUUAGCUACUGAUUUCCUGUUAUAGUAGGUGAGGAUUUAGCUUUCUUAAAUCACUCCUUUCAUAAAAAAAAAAAUCACUCCUUUCUUAAAUCAUUCCUUUUCUCCACUUCUCUUUUGAUAUAGCUAUUAUUCCUUUUUGUGGUUGUUAAAUCAGUAUUUUAAAAUUAUACUCAUGACUUUUCUGCUACUUUCUAGGCAAUUUCUCCAACUUUAUCUUCUAACCUAUUGAAAAUUUAAUUUUCUCUAUGUUAGUUUUCAUUUCUUGGAGCUCAUUAUUUGAUAGUUCCUUUUUUCAUUUUGAAAAUAAGAGGAGUAACAAACCGUGUAAUGUCUACAUCUGAGAAGAGAUUCAAAUACACAUUUGAAAAGAAAGAGAGUUACAGAAUUCAGAAGAAUAAAGGGGAGUAUGGCAAAGUGGGAGAAAGAAGCUGACCAAUGACUGCGGGAAGAGUGCAAGGUCUGUUGUACCCAUACAUUGACCCCUUUCUGGGUCCUUCUCACAUCAAGUAUGAUGGAGGGAGAUAAGUGAGUGAACCAAAUAUCCUGGUGGUCUGAGACAUUUCCCGUCUGUGACUUCAGUUUUUCUCUCCAGCAGCAGCUUCCCACACCUAGUUCCCCGGAGGGAUCCAGUCUGGACUGGAAGUGGGCAGCGCUCCAGAGACGUGGGAGUGAACGCCGCACGGAAGUAUCUGCUCACCUCAGGAGAAGCCAAACUUGGGGAAAAUGUUUGCGGUACACUUGAUGGCAUUUUACUUCACCAAGCUGAAGGAGGAUCAGAUCAAGAAGGUGGACAGGUUCCUGUAUCACAUGCGGCUCUCCGAUGAGACCCUUUUGGACGUUGUGGCUCGGUUCCAGGCUGAGAUGCAGAAGGGCCUGGGGAAGGACACCAACCCCACAGCGUCGGUGAAGAUGCUGCCCACCUUUGUCAGGGCCAUUCCAGAUGGCUCAGAAAACGGGGAGUUUCUUUCCCUGGAUCUUGGAGGAUCUAAGUUUCGAGUCUUGAAGGUGCAAGUCUCCGAAGAGGGGAAACGCAAUGUCCAGAUGGAGAGUCAGUUCUACCCAACACCCAAUGAAAUUAUCCGAGGGAAUGGCACAGAGCUGUUUGAAUACGUAGCUGACUGUCUGGCAGAUUUCAUGAAAACCAAAGAGCUGAUGCAGAAGAAAUUACCUCUCGGCCUAACCUUUUCUUUUCCCUGCAAACAGACUAAAUUAGAAGAGGGUGUCCUGCUUUCAUGGACAAAGAAGUUUAAGGCGCGGGGAGUUCAGGGCACAGACGUAGUGAGCUCUCUGACCAAUGCUAUGAGAAAACACAAGCAGGAUUUAGAUGUGGACAUCCUGGCUUUGGUCAAUGACACCGUGGGGACCAUGAUGACGUGCGCCUAUGAUGAUCCCUACUGUGAAGUUGGUGUCAUCAUUGGCACCGGCACCAACGCGUGCUACAUGGAGGACAUGAGCAACAUCGAGCUGGUGGAAGGUGACGAGGGGAGGAUGUGCAUCAACACCGAGUGGGGGGCCUUCGGGGACGACGGGGCCCUGGAGGACAUCCGCACCGAGUUCGACCGGGAGCUGGACCUCGGCUCUCUCAACCCCGGGAAGCAGCUGUUUGAGAAGAUGAUCAGCGGCCUGUACCUAGGUGAACUCGUCAGGCUCAUCUUGCUGAAGAUGGCCAAGGCAGGCCUCCUGUUUGGCGGCGAGAAAUCCUCCGCUCUCCACAUUAAGGGCAAGAUUGAAACACGGCACGUGGCUGCCAUGGAGAAGUAUAAAGAAGGCCUGGCUAAUACAAGAGAGAUCCUGACGGAUCUGGGCCUGGAGCCUUCAGAGGCCGACUGCGUCGCGGUCCAGCACGUCUGCACCAUCGUUUCCUUCCGCUCAGCCAAUCUCUGUGCGGCGGCCCUGGCAGCCAUCCUAACACGCCUGCGGGAGAACAAGAAGCUGGCGCGGCUCCGGACCACGGUGGGCAUGGAUGGCACACUCUACAAGAUCCACCCCCAAUACCCAAAACGCCUGCACAAGGUGGUGAGGAAACUGGUCCCGAACUGUGACGUCCGCUUCCUCCUGUCAGAGAGUGGCAGCACCAAGGGGGCCGCCAUGGUGACCGCAGUGGCCUCCCGCGUGCAGGCCCAGCGGAAGCAGAUUGACAAGGUGCUGGCUUUGUUCCGGCUGACCCGAGAGCAACUUGUGGGCGUUCGGGACAAGAUGCGGGUUGAGCUCGAGUACGGGCUGAAGAGGGACACCCACCCGCUGGCCACGGUCAAGAUGCUGCCCACCUACGUCUGCGGGAUGCCAGAUGGCACAGAGAAAGGCAAGUUCCUCGCCCUGGAUCUGGGGGGAACCAACUUCCGGGUCCUCCUGGUGAAGAUCAGAAGCGGACGGAGGUCGGUGCGAAUGUACAACAAGAUCUUCGCCAUCCCCCUGGAGAUCAUGCAGGGCACCGGCGAGGAGCUGUUUGACCACAUCGUGCAGUGCAUCGCUGACUUCCUGGACUACAUGGGCCUCAAGGGAGCCCAGCUGCCUUUGGGCUUCACAUUCUCAUUUCCCUGCAGGCAGGCGGGCAUUGACAAGGGAACACUCAUUGAGUGGACCAAAGGCUUCAAGGCUACUGACUGUGAAGGGGAAGAUGUGGUGGACAUGCUCAGGGAAGCCAUCAAGAGGAGAAAUGAGUUUGACCUGGACAUAGUCGCAGUUGUGAAUGACACAGUGGGGACCAUGAUGACCUGUGGCUAUGAAGAUCGUAACUGUGAGGUUGGCCUGAUUGCAGGAACAGGCAGCAACAUGUGCUACAUGGAGGAGAUGAGGAACAUUGAACUGGUGGAAGGAGAUGAAGGGAAGAUGUGCAUAAACACAGAGUGGGGAGGAUUUGGAGAUAAUGGCUGCCUAGAUGACAUCCGGACCCAGUACGACAAGGAGGUGGAUGAGGGGUCCUUGAAUCCUGGCAAACAGAGAUACGAGAAAAUGACCAGUGGGAUGUACCUGGGGGAGAUCGUGCGGCAGAUCCUGAUUGACUUGACCAAGCAGGGUCUCCUCUUCCGAGGGCAGAUUUCAGAGCGUCUCCGGACCAGGGGCAUCUUUGAAACCAAGUUCUUGUCUCAAAUUGAAAGCGAUCGGCUGGCCCUCCUCCAGGUCAGGAGGAUCCUGCAGCAGCUUGGCCUGGACAGCACGUGUGAGGACAGCAUCGUGGUGAAGGAGGUGUGCGGAGCUGUGUCCCAGCGGGCGGCCGAGCUCUACGGUGCCGGCCUGGCCGCCGUCGUGGAGAAAAGGAGGGAAGACCAGGGGUUUGAGCACCUGAAGAUCACCGUGGGUGUGGAUGGCACCCUGUACAAGCUGCACCCGCACUUUUCUCGGAUAUUGCAGGAAACUGUGAAAGAACUAGCUCCUCGAUGUGAUGUGACAUUCAUGUUGUCAGAAGAUGGGAGUGGAAAGGGAGCAGCUCUGAUCACUGCUGUGGCCAAGAGGUUACAGCAGGCACGGAGGGAGAACUAGGAACCCCUUGGGGUUGGGCCGCAUGUGCCUUGGAUACUGACCAGCCUUUCCUCUGGCAGAUGAGUUGGUCAGAGACCAACAGGCAAGCUUCUGGCUGACUUCACCUUCUGGAUAGCCAGAAGAGAACCCCAGGUUCUUGGGUACUCUUAGCAUUUUGUUACUGGUUUUCAAGGGCAUUAAAUGACAUCUCUAUUUGGCAUGUUUGGACCAAAGAUGGGCCAACUUAUAAAAUCAAAGCAUUGGGCCCAAGAGAUCCCCUUUCAGCAAGUCUUUCAGUUGAGACCUGAGCUGUUCUCUACGGCUUUGGGUUCUGUGGCUACUGGGCUCGGAAACAAAUACACGAUCUGCCCAUGUGGCCUGGCUGGCUGAAUUCCCCAGUGGGAUGCUUCAGCCAUUGCUUGUAAUAGAUUGAGCCAUCUACUUGUGGAUGCACAUUUGAGAGGGAUAGGGGCUUAAUCAACUGGAGAUCUAAUCUAACUUGUCAUUAACUUGUCACGUUGACUUCAAGCAUGAAGAGAGAACAAAAACUUUGGAGUAUUCAGCCCCAGGAUGAAGAAGCGUUGAUUGCCAGGGAGCCCUGUAGGAAACUUUUCAUGCUUAAAGUGAGUUAUAUCAGCACCCUGUAGGAUUUUGUUUCUCAGUAAACAUGUGUGAUGGGGAGGGUGCUGUUUGGGGCACCUGUUAUCAUUUUACAUGUGGUUUUUGUCACUGCUGAUGAUAGUUGUUUUAAGGACUGUUAGGUAUAUGAAAUCCAGUAAAUGAAUAAAAAUAUUUGA